UAAAUUGAACCUUUAAACCCUAAAACCCUCAAACCUUUAAACCCUGAAAAUCCCAGAAUCAAAAUAAAGCUUCGAUCUUUGCUCUGCAGAUUUCAGUUUGAACUAUCUGACAGCUUCAAACAGAGAAUUGAGAGUUCACAUGAUUGGGUAAGCAAAUGGCUCUAAGAUAUCGGCGUUUGAGAGAAAUCUCAAGACUUUUGCCGCUAAUUCACUCCGGCAAUUGUUAUACACAAUGUAGUUCAGCGGGCAAGUUAGCAGCAUUGUCCAUCAUUCCUCAAGUAUUUGCUUGGGAGAGAAAUGGUACGAGGAUGACACACAUUAUAUCUUCUAGGUUCUCAACCACUUCAAAAGUUUCAUACAAGUCAACCCAGGAGCUUGAUCUUUUGUCAUUUAUUAAAUCGUCAAUGGAUGCCCCUGAAGGCCCAUGUCAUUGUUGGUUGAAUAGGUCCAAAGGUGACAGAGAUUUCCUUGGAAAAAAUCGAACUUUCUUGGUUCUUGCAGGGUGGUGUGAAUCUUUCUUAACAACUUGUGAAUCUGUUAUGAUGUUAGAAAAAGUGAAGUCACUUCAACAGAGGUAUCCUCAGCUCCAUGUCAUGGGUUUCAUGUCCGGCAGUUCAGUUAGUUUAGCUGCUGCUCAAAGUAAUCUAAUCCAAUAUGUAGUGAAGGAAAAUGCCAAGUUUCCUGUCAUAUUGUCUGAUAGGACCUUCCCUGAGAUGGACAAUGGGGCUUGCUACAUUUUGUUCAAAGAUUUUGAAAAUCCAGUAUUUUACCCUGAGAAGGACCUUGAUAUCAGAACUCUUAACAAAGCUGUUGAGGAAUUGCAUGUGCAAGAUGAUGGGAGAGCCCGGUCCAGAGAUAACUUGAAAAGCACUUGGGUGAAGCAAUUUGAAGUUAUCAAGGAGCCAUAUGUCUUUCCUUUGAAGAAUUUACUAUUUAACUUCCCAGGUUGCGUCUCUGCAGAUGAAAGUGGGAACCGUUUCUUCCUUUCUGACAGCAGGCAUCAUCGGAUUAUUGUAUUUGUUGGAAACGGGAAGAUUCUGGACUGUAUUGGUUCUUCCCCGGGUUUUGAAGAUGGAAACUUUGAAUCGGCCAAGAUGGUGUGUCCUGCAUCUUCAUUUUAUGAUGCUGCUGAGGAUUCCCUAUAUUUUGUUGAUUCAGAGAACCACGCAAUUAGGAAAGCUGACUUGGGGAACCGGGUAGUAGAAACUCUUUAUCCGAAUGACGACACCAGCAAGAAUAGUAAUUCUAUUUGGGCUAGAAUCAUGAUCAAGUUGGGUUUGCGAAGGGAUGAUACGCGGUCUGAAGAAUUUGAUAUACAAUCACUAAUGUUUCCUUGGCAUGUGAUGAAAUCUAGCGAAGACAGUCUUUUCAUUAUAAACCGAAGCUUUGAAACUUUAUGGGUCCUAGAUUUCGCUUCAAGGGAGAUAAAACAAGUUGUCAAAGGGUUCCCAAAGAUUAUGGAUGUCUGUGGGCUAGAGAUCAUGAAGAAAGUAUCCUUGUUGAAACAGAUGCCAGAUGAUUGGUUGCAACAGCAGACUAAUGCUGUCUGUUCACCAAAGAGGCUCCCAUAUGCUGGUCUUAUAUCUUCAUUGACAACCUUGCAGAAUCACGUUAUUCUUUGUGACAUGGUUGGACAGAGAAUUUUGAAACUAAGUGAAGAAUCCGGACUGUGCUCAACAUUCCAAUUUUCAAAUUUUGGAAUCCUUGGAUUGCCGUAUUGGCUGGCUUCCCCCUUGGAGAGAGUUUAUGCAAUUGGUGGACAUCUAGACCAGAUUGAUCAUCAGGAAUGUGUCAGCUUGUUACCAGGUAGAAUUGGUAUACACUUAAAUGUUGAAAUUCCUGUGGAUACUGAGCUUGUUGAACAGUUACAAGAGGGUUGUAUAUGGCGCCAGGCAAGGGGUGCUGCCAAUGAAGUGUUAGGGGCAGAAGAUGCUGGAGGAUCUACGGAGAAGGUUGGUGCUGCCCAAAAAUGGUAUGAUGAAUUGGAUAAUCUUGCCUUUUCACUGUCAACACCUGAGUCAGAGUUGAAUGUUGAAGAUAAUUCUGCAACUUCAGAUAAUGGAUUUCAAGAUGCGAAAGUUCACAUUGAUUGUGCUGUCAAUACAAGUCCUGGUACAAGUGAGGUCAUUGUUUAUGCAGCACUGUAUUUAAAACUUAGAAAGGAAGAAUUAUUAGAGAAUAAUCAGGAGAAAUAUGCAGCAAAGAUAGCAGAUAUUUUGAGCUCGGAGAGAAGUGGAAAGAUGGAAAGAGAUUCGUUCGUCCAGUUCUUGUUAAAAUCAAAUGGAGAUUUGAGAGACCUCAUCUUCAUGAAACCUCUCCAUGUGAGGGUGAAACUGGAUUGCCUUGAUCACCCAAAGGCACCUAAUGGAAAAAACAUUAUCCUAACGGACUCCAACAUUGAGAUCAAUGUAUCGCUUAGCUCGUAAUAUUCGAUCCAUAAAGGCAUUACUACAUAUUGUUCUUUUGUUCUUUACAAUUUGAUUUUGUUUUAAUGAGCAUUCAUUCCACAACAUUAUUUCCCUUUCAAAUUGUAUCUUAUAUCAAGAAAGAGUGACAGUGACUAGAGUAGUUUCACUAGUAUGUACGGAUGCGAUGUUGGUAUCUUAAAGGCAGGCCAAUAAUAAGAAUAUUACAAUCCCUGAAGUACUUGUGCUCCACAAUUUUCUCUUCAAUUUAAGA